CGCUGUCAGUCACGGCGGCGGCGCCGGGAGGCGGCCGGGGCGCAGCGGGCGGAGCGGGGACACGCGCGGAGCGGAGCGGCGCGAAGGGGACGCGGGGCAAAAACGGGAAGAUCCAUCCGGAGGGCCGCGUGGUGCUCCGCCCGCACGGAACUGCUAUUUCGGAGCGGCCCCUCUCCCCCCCCUCCGGCUGCGAUGCUGCCCGCCGCCGCGCUGCCCUGGACGUUGUUUUUCCUCGGAGCCGCAGCCUCUCUACAAGUGGAUAUUGUUCCCAGUCAGGGAGAGAUCAGCGUUGGAGAAUCCAAGUUCUUCUUAUGUCAAGUGGCAGGGGAAGCCAAAUACAAAGACAUUUCCUGGUUUUCCCCUAAUGGUGAGAAGCUGACGCCCAACCAGCAGCACAUCUCAGUGGUGCGAAACGACGACUUCUCCUCCACCCUCACCAUCUACAAUGCCAACAUUGAUGAUGCUGGCAUCUAUAAAUGUGUUGUCAGCAGCGUGGAGGAGGGAGACUCUGAAGCCACCGUCAAUGUGAAAAUUUUCCAAAAGCUCAUGUUCAAGAAUGCCCCCACUCCUCAGGAAUUCAAGGAAGGGGAUGAUGCUGUGAUUGUGUGUGAUGUGGUCAGCUCACUGCCUCCUACCAUCAUCUGGAAACACAAAGGCAGGGAUGUCAUCCUGAAAAAAGAUGUUCGGUUUAUAGUGCUGUCCAACAACUACCUGCAGAUCCGGGGAAUCAAGAAAACAGAUGAGGGGACGUACCGCUGUGAGGGCCGCAUCCUGGCUCGUGGGGAGAUCAACUUCAAAGACAUUCAGGUCAUUGUAAAUGUACCUCCUUCUGUGCGUGCCAGGCAGAGCACUAUGAACGCCACUGCCAACCUCAGCCAGUCUGUCACCUUAGCAUGUGAUGCUGAUGGCUUUCCUGAGCCAACCAUGACGUGGACAAAGGAUGGAGAGCCGAUAGAGCAGGAGGACAAUGAAGACAAAUACAGUUUUAACUACGAUGGGUCUGAGCUGAUCAUCAAGAAGGUGGAUAAGAGUGAUGAAGCAGAGUACAUCUGCAUUGCUGAGAACAAGGCUGGCGAGCAGGAUGCCACCAUUCAUCUCAAAGUCUUUGCAAAACCCAAAAUCACGUACGUGGAGAAUAAAACAGCGAUGGAGCUGGAGGACCAGAUCACAUUGACCUGUGAGGCAUCUGGGGACCCAAUCCCUUCCAUCACGUGGAAAACCUCCACCCGGAACAUCAGCAACGAAGAGAAGGCUUCGUGGACCCGGCCCGAGAAACAAGAGACCCUGGAUGGGCGCAUCGUGGUGCGCAGCCACGCGCGGGUUUCGUCCCUGACUCUCAAAGAAAUCCAAUACACAGAUGCUGGAGAGUACGUGUGCACAGCCAGCAACACCAUCGGGCAGGACUCGCAGGCCAUGUACCUCGAAGUGCAGUAUGCUCCCAAGCUUCAGGGCCCUGUGGCCGUCUAUACCUGGGAAGGGAAUCAAGUGAACAUCACCUGUGAGGUAUUUGCUUACCCCAGUGCUGUCAUCUCCUGGUUCCGGGAUGGACAGCUGCUCCCCAGCUCAAACUACAGCAACAUCAAGAUCUACAACACUCCAUCAGCAAGCUACCUGGAGGUGACACCAGACUCUGAAAAUGACUUUGGGAACUACAACUGCACUGCUGUGAACCGCAUUGGCCAGGAAUCCUCAGAGUUCAUUCUUGUGCAGGCGGAUACUCCGUCCUCUCCUUCUAUUGACAGAGUUGAGCCCUACUCUAGUACUGCCCGCGUGGAGUUUGAUGAGCCUGAAGCUACUGGUGGGGUGCCCAUCCUCAAGUACAAAGCAGAGUGGAGAGCACUGGGUGAAGGAGAAUGGCACUCGAGAUUGUAUGAUGCAAAAGAAGCAAAUGUGGAGGGCACAAUCACUAUCAGUGGCCUGAAACCUGAGACAACCUACUCGGUGAGACUGUCUGCAGUCAAUGGCAAGGGUGUGGGUGAGAUUAGUCUGCCAUCCGACUUCAAGACACAGCCAGUUCGUAUCCCUCACUCACGGGAACCCAGUGCACCCAAACUGGAAGGGCAGAUGGGAGAAGACGGAAACUCCAUCAAAGUGAAUGUUAUCAAGCAGGAUGACGGUGGCUCCCCAAUCAGGCAUUACCUGAUCAAAUACAAAGCUAAACAUUCCUCAGAAUGGAAGCCAGAGAUCAGACUGCCUUCUGGCAGUGACCAUGUAAUGCUCAAGUCUCUGGAUUGGAAUGCAGAGUAUGAGGUUUAUGUGAUAGCUGAAAACCAGCAAGGGAAGUCCAAACCUGCUCACUAUGCUUUCCGGACAUCUGCUCAGCCUACUGUCAUCCCAGCGACCUUGGGAAGUCCAUCAACGUCGUCCUCCUUUGUUUCAUUGCUUCUUUCUGCAGUGACUCUGCUUUUGCUCUGUUAGAAACUUAAAAUAAAGCAAUAUUUGCUUGAAGAGGCCUGGGUCCUGCCGAGGUGUUGAAAGCUGAUAACUUUGGUUCAGAGGAUCCCAUCAGUUCAGGAGGGGGGGAAGAAAAAAAUUGUGUCAUUUGAAAGAGUUCAUAUUUUGUAACAAGGAAGAAGGGUUUAAACCGAGUGUUUUAUCUUUAACAACUUUUGUUACUUGUAAUGAAUUUGCCCUUUUUAAUGAAUGUAAAGGAAGAAUUUUUUGCUUGCUCGCUUGUUUCAUCGUAGGAGAGUACAGUAUUGAAAGCCUUUUAAAAAAGUCCCCCAUGCACACAUGCACAUAAAAGCCCCAACCGGAUCUUUGUUGAUUUGCUGAUACAUCUGGUGCUGAUCACCAGUGUGUUGAGCACAGAGCUUCUGAAGCCCUGCCCGUAAAUGUCAGCCAGGAGAGUAAAAGCAGGGAAGCAAAAUUGCCAGAGAGAAUCCUACUGAGCGCCCGUAUUCCUCUGUGUGCUUUGCAAGUGGGCUCAAAUGUACGGCGCUCAGGUUGUGCUGGUGUGGUGACGUGAAUACAAACAUCUGUGGGAAUUGCACUGAAGGCGUUUCUUUCUCUUUCCUUUCACUGCUUGAUCCCUUGGGACUUCAUUGGCCCCUGUGUGCAGUCAGCCAUCCCAUGGCCCAUAGUGGAUCUGAGGCAUCGUCCUGCCCAAGAACAUUCAGAUUUGCAAUGGAUGCUUGUCUAACGUUGCUUGGUUCUCUACUACUGUCCUGUCAACUUCAUAGAGAGAUCUCUUCUCUUGCCAUUUAACAGAGAAAAUUAGCUUGAAUCAAAUGACCUGACGAUCUACAUGGUUAUUACUACUGAUCUUUAAUCAUACUCGUGGUUAACUGUGCAUGUGACACUGUCAGACAGGAUUAAUCCUUGGUGUAAAUAUAAUGCAGCUUUGUUACUGAGCUCUGUGUAUUGCGUUUCGUUGAACAAAUUGCAGGUGAUUUUCUUUUUUUUAUUUCCUUUUUUUUUUCCUCCUCAAAAAGAAAAGAAAACAAAAUCCUGUGCACCUCAUGAAUUGUCUUUUGUGAUGGGAAAUCCAUUUGGUUCUGUUGCUCUUCUAAAAAUGGGUGUCCAUCUCCUCUCUUUCUCUGUAAGUGGGCCUGGGGUGGAAAAGAAUGGAAUUGUUGGUGCAGUUACUGAGCUCUCUGUACAGAAUGUCUCAAAAACUAUCUGUUGUGCAGAAUGAGCUUCAUCUUUCUACCCAGGUGCUAACAAGGACAAAGAACAAGCCCUGCCAUCAUCAGUCUUGUUUAUCUGUGCAUUUGAUGCUCUGCACAUAAGACUCUGCUGUGUUUAUUCAGACCUUGUUCAUGAUCAUUUGUGAACUUCUUUUCUGUCUAAAUUAUAAAUGAAAACUUUGUACGAGCACUGCACUCCAACCAUGCGGAUAUUUUUUAACCAAACAGAACAGACAGAGCCAUGCUCUCACCUCCAGUGUUCUGGAACAUAGCAAAUUGGUUUGGCUUCCUGCAUUGACACUUUAGUAUAAUGGAAGUAGUCGUAACCCUAAAAAGCUGUGUGAACUUCCCAUAGCUUGGGAAGUUAUUAAACUCAUCCAUAGAUCUACUAUCAGUUUGUAUUUCCCUUAUCUGUAGGCACAGGUUGAGGCAUAGGUGAGGUUGAGCACCCAGCUUUGGAGUAUUAAAACCAACGUGCUGAAGCUAUUACUGGUCAUAACUGGUGGAUGAAGAGAGAGCAGCCCUUCUGGGAGCCAUUCUUCCUCCAUGGUACUGGGGAUGCAUUACCUUCCCACGGGCUGCUGCCUGCAGAGACUAAGCAAAGCCCAUGUCAGUUACAUGGUGAAAGCUGUAUUAAAUGGUCCAGUCAACAUGGAAUAUAUACAAAAAGAAGUCCUGUCCCUGUGUUUGAAAAAAUAUGGAGCAUAAGUGAUAUUUUCACUGCCUGUUUACUUGGGUUUGUAACAUGUUAGAUUUCAGAUACACGCAUUAGAUCCUUGAUCUCUGACAGACAAGAUCCCAGGCCUUAUUCCUGAUGUCAAUAACAUUUCAAAAAGCUUGCAGAAAAGCUAGCACUCUUUUUUUUGUACUCAGAGGUGAGACAGAUUCAGAGCUGGAACCUGAAGGGGCUCAAAUACUCAGAUUUUCAGCACGCAGACAGCUUCACAAGUACAUGUUCUGUGGGAUGUCACAACUCCAGGAAGGCUGGGAUCUGAGUCCUCUAGAAGAGAUGAUUCCAUGUGCGAUGAACUGCAGAGCUGUGCAGGAUCUCCCCUGGCCCCCAGGAUGCCAGCAGCUCUAUUCUUAGUUUGUCAGUUAGUUUCUACAUUCUUGGGGAGAUAUCUGAUGAUAUCCUUUGGCUGCAGGUCAAAUGGGAGAGACCUUGUUUGAUCGGAGGGAAUGGCCUCAGGUUGUGCCAAGGGAGGUUCAGGUUGGAUGUUAGGAACAACUCUUCCAGAAGUCACUGGUCAUUGGCACAGCUGCCCAGGGUCACCAUCCCUGGAGAGCCAUGGAGAUGUGACAGUGAUGGGCGAUGCUGAUCGUAGGUGGGCAGUCAGAGUGGAUGACCUUAGGGGUCUUUUCCACUCUUAAUGAUUCUUUGAUGAUUUUCUCAUAAAAAAAAAUCAGUUGCAGUUGUUCACACCUAAUUUCUUUUAGAUAAAAACAAAUUUUUGAAGCUUUCCUGACUGUUGCAGCUAGCAGAGUGCAGGGAGCAGCCAGGUGGCACGGGAGGGUGCACUGCAGUAGUGCAGAGGAAGGACAUGCUGUGGCAGGGGUCAGACUGCAGAUCAGACUGUUUUAUUCCUGAAGGCAGGAUCUUCAUAUGACUUCCUCUGUGCUUGCAGUUCUUCCUUUUGUAUGCUCAUUACCCUCGUGUUCAUCCUUGCAAAGGGAGGCAGUCGUAGGGAAAUACAGAACUUGGUGCUGGGAGCCCACUGCUGGAGGAGCCAACGUGUUGGUGACAGUCUGAAGAGUUCAGCUGUGUUUCUGGAAAGUAUCUCUUGCCUUCUUGAUGUGGAAGGAGUGCUUUCAACAGACCGCUGGGCAUUUCUGCUUCAUGGUAGUUAAGGUUAAAGCAAACAUAAGCUGUUGGACCUAAUUCCAUGUGGAAACAGACACUGCUGUCACAUGGAAUAGAUGGUUACUUGCGGUCUGCAUUUCUCCCCUUACGUUGUGCAUGGUGUUUGACAAUGCUAAUAUAAGUUGUGCAGGUGCUUGCCAAUGGCUGUCAGAGCGCUAAAACUGCUUCCAAACAUCAGCCAUAGGUACACACAGACACAGGAGAACCUGCUGCUGUUAUCUGAAGUGGAAUGGCACGUGUUGUUUGGAACACCACCCAUCCGUUCCUUCCAUUCCUUGCUUUCUGUUACUAAUCCUAAGUAGAGAAAGGUGAAUGUUCAGACAGGCUUUUUCUGCAGCAGCACUAAAUAACCUCAAUAUCAUUCCUCCUUAGAAAGUAAAGCAGAUAUGUUCAGUCAGAUGGGUGGAGGAAGAUACGACAUUUCGCUUUCAUGUGGGGAUUUCUGUUACAAUUUCAUACCUUAUUUCUGGCCUGAAAUCAUCCACCUCCUGUUUCCAGCUUUUGGAAUUUAUUGUAUCUUUGCUCAAAUAAAGUGCCUUUAUUGUC